GUUUUCCUCUUACACAAACAAUUGGACAUCUCAAAAAGGCCAUAAAGAACAUCUUUUUUAAACACAAAUACUUCUAUGAUAAUUCAAUAACAAAUGGCUUUUUCUACUCUACCGAUCUCUUCUUCGAAUUUACAGCAGCGGUUGCUUUUUCUGUUAUUUUUACUUUUGCUCGCGCCAUGGAUCACCGCAUCAGAAUUUCACUUCAAGUUGGACGGAGAAGUGUUGGAGCUCGACGAGUCCAAUUUUGACGCUGCAAUUUCGAAUUUUGAUUAUAUUUUUGUCGAUUUCUAUGCCCCGUGGUGUGGGCACUGCAAGCGCCUCGCGCCUGAGUUAGAUAAGGCGGCCCCAGUUCUUGCUGGAUUAAAGGAACCUAUGGUAGUUGCAAAGGUAGAUGCUGACAAGCACAAGAAGCUUGCUUCGAAGCAUAAUGUUGAUGCAUAUCCAACUCUAAAGAUUUUUAUACGUGGAGUCCCUACGGAGUAUUAUGGACCUAGGAAAGCCGAUUUGCUUGUUCGAUUUCUGUCCAAAUUUGUUGCUCCUGAUGUUUCUGUUCUGAGUUCCGAUUCUGCCGUGUGGGACUUUAUCGAAGCAGCUGGCACAGAUUUUCCCAUCUUCUUGGGAUUUGGCUUAAAUGAGUCUGUUAUAUCAAAUUUGGCUGUCAAGUAUAAGAAGAAAGCAUGGUUUUCUGUUGCUAAUGGCUUCUCAGAGGAUAUCAUGUCCUCGUAUGAUUUUGAUAAGGUCCCUGCUCUGGUUGCGAUUCAGCCAGCCUACAAAGAACAGAGCAUAUUUUAUGGGCCAUUUGAAGAAAAUUUUCUGGAAGAUUACAUAAAACAAAGUUUGUUGCCUCUGGUAUUACCUAUAAAUCGAGACUCGUCAAAGUUACUUAAAGAUGACGAGAGGAAAGUUGCUCUUACUAUCUUGGAGGAUGUAAUGGACGAAAGAUCCGAGAGAUUAAUAGAAGUUUUAAAAUCCGCUGCCUCUGCAAAUCGUGACUUGAUAUUUGGUUAUGUCGGGUUUAAGCAGUGGGAAGAUUUUGUCGAGUCGUUUGAAGUUAACAAGAAAACUCAGCUCCCGAAGAUGGUUGUAUGGGAUGGUGAGAAGGAUUAUUAUAAUGUUAUUGGUUCGGAUAGCAUAGAUGAAACGGAUAUGGGCAACCAGAUCUCAAAAUUUUUAGAAGGCUACAGAGAAGGAAAUGUGAUUCAAAAACGCGUUUCGGGCCCAACUUUGAUGGCAUUCAUAGCCUCAAACUUAGUUGUGAGGACUUUCCUAAUUAUACUUUUCUUUAUAUUGGUGAUGAUAUUGAUUUUGGUGAUGAUGAAAGACGAACCUUUGGCUGUCGGCAAGCGUGACCUGGCCGAAGAUAGGACCUCUGCCUCUCAAACCGCAGCCAGAGAAAAAGAGGACUGAGCUUUAUGCAUUCCUAGGAAGGCUUCACGACAUGUUCUGACACGACUGAAGCAAGCCAUGUUUAAAAGGGAGUUUUUACGUUUUUGAAUUUCGAAAAUAGUGAUCUUUAUUCUCGUGCAGUUUACAACCUUUAUGCAUUUGUAGAUUAUCUAUUUUAUCAGAAUUGAGGGAAAUUUUCAGUAUUUAUUUGUCGGUAGAAUAUCAAUGGAAUCACAAUUUCAGAUGUCAGUUGGCUUUCAACACAGCACAGUAGAACAUGCACAUAGGCACAGAUUAUGCUGCACUCAGGCAUAACAUAAACAACAUUUAUGUAAGAAUAAUAAUAUAGCAUUUUGUGAUUACUGAUUAGUGGUUCUUCAACAAAAAAAAUGUGCAUACUAGACAAGAUAUCCUCUACUCUAGGAUGUUGCUUAUAUUUAUUGAGCUUCAACCAAAAAACAGAGUUAUCAUAAUCUGUCGGCCAAAGUGUCGUCAUCGUAAGAAGGAACAUGCUGGAUAAUCACUCGUGCACUCUUGGAAACUUUUUGCCCAUUCACUAGUUUGAGAAUCUUUUCGCACGUCUCUUGACUCCACUCGGACUUGUGCAUCCACCAAUGCUGGUUGCCUCCAAUAUCGCACCUCGGGCACCUGCUUAUCUGCAUUUGCUCCAGAGAUGUUGCGUUUUCUAGUAUGCACGAUGCGAAUUCGAUCUUGUUUUUUGUCCCACAAAAUCCGUUUAUUU